AUGCCUAUGGAUACUAAGCCGGUUAGUGAAACGCGUCCCAUGCAUGCUCUCGUUUUUGAUCGUUUGGAAAUAAUUUUUAAUAUUAUUAAUCAAAUGUGCAUUGGAUUUGUAACGAUCUAUAUAAGUUGGAUGUAUCUGCGUACAGGAUUAGCUGGUACAGGUCUGCAUGCAUGGCUGACAACAAUAGGGUUCUCCUUCCUUAUGGCCGAAGGUAUAAUGUGUCAUUACAAACACAAUAUACUGACCCUAAACUUUCGAAGAGAAACCAAAACCAUCAUACAUUGGGUCCUACAAGUAUUGGGCGGAGGAAUUGGCAUUGCGGGCGUACUAAUCCAACUUAUACAUGACAAAUUCGAUCUCUUCAACACUCAUGCUAAAUUAGGUUUUGCCGCUUUCAUCUUGUGUUGCAUCAGUUUCGUUACCGGUUUAUCGGCCUUAUUUUCAACGACAUUGAAAAGAAUUCUGAGUCCUCUGCUAAAUAAAACUUUUCACAAUAUUUUGGGUAUAGGAACAUUUGUGGUAGCUUUGAGUGCCCAAUAUUAUGGCUACAAUACCGGAUUAUUUACUCGCAAUGUUCCCUCAAAAGAUUUUGUUAUAUUAAUGAAAUGUUUGACCUUAAUAUCGUUGAUACUCUCGUGUUUGGGUCCUUUGAGGACUCUGUUUUUUAUACUUAAAGCAUAA